AUGACUGUCAUUAUUAGCCUAUUUCCAGCGGCUCGCCGCCCAAAAAGCCGCCCACCCCCCCCCCCGCGCCUACUCUCAACCGAUCGGCCCGCUACAGUCGGCGCCGCCCAAGCAUCCGCAUGGCGGCCCGCCGAUCUCGCCGCCGAACGCGCUUCCCGCCGACGACUAGCCCCCCAGCGUUCGACGAUCUACAGCCGCGCCCGGCCGCCUCGCAGCCGCGCGCCCCAUGCCUACAGCGUGCCGACGCCUAGGACGCGCCCGCCCACCCGCCGGCCGCCCGCCCACCCCGCUGACGCACGUGCCAACGCCGACGAUGCCCGCCAACACGCCGCCCGGCCGUCCCCCCGCGCGCGCUCCGACACCCAGACGUACGAACGCCCUCCGACGCUGCCGCGCAAUACGCCCGACCUGACCAGCUCCGGACGCUACGCCGCCGCGCCCCCCGCGCCGCCCGCCCACCAGACGAACGCCCGCCCCCACCCCGCCGCCGCCUCCGCCGACGCCGCGAGCCCGCCGACAUCCCUGCCGCCCCGCCCCCAUCGAGCCCCCGUCCCCUGCCCCCGCCAACCGCGUAAAGCCACGCCCGCACGCGAACGACGCCGCAGCCGCCCCACCCCCGGGCCCGACGCCCGCCGCACCCCAGCGACGCGACCGCCGCCCCGCCCUGUCCCGCCAAUCCCCGACUCGUCCGCCACCCGCGGCCCACGCCCCCCCCCGCCCGUGUCCCCACGUAAUAGUGCCGCGUGCCCCCACCGUUCCCCCGAGACACGCCCACGGCCCACACGCCCGCCGCUUCCAGCUCGCCCCCGCCCGCCCCGCCCGCCCGCCCGACCGCAGGCCUGCCCGCCCCGCCCCCCCGACCCCCCGCUGCGCCGAACGCCUGUAAGACCCGCCCCCCGCGACCCGCACCCGCCCGAUCCCCGCCGCCGCCUAUCUGCCCUCCCGGCCCCCGCCCGAGCCCCGCGGCGCCCCCGCCCGCGCGCCCUGACCCCUCUGCCCCCCCGCCGCCGCCCGCCCCCGUCCCACCGCCCGCCGCCCCCCCUGCCCCGCAUCCCCGCCCCGGCUUCCCCCCCGUCCCCGCCCCCCGCCCAUUUGCAGUGUAUUGCUUUUGCCCCCGCGCCGCCCCGCACCCACCCACCAGACGACCACGCCCACCACGCGCACAGCCCCCCCGCCCACACGCCCGACGCACGCGCCCGCCCCCCGUCCGCCCCGGCCCGCCGUUCGCCCGACGCCGCUCCCCCGACGCCACGACACGCUCACGCGCACCGACCGAGCACGCCUCCCCGCGCAUCCCCAGCCCCGCCGCCCGCCCCCCUGCCCCCCCCCCGCCGACUCGCCCCCUCCACCGCCGCCCCCCGCCCCCCCGGCUGCCGCCAGCCGCACCUGACCCGCCGCCCACCCCCGCGCACGCCCCCCGCCAACCGCCUCCCCAGCGCCCGAGGCCGCCCGCCCGACCGCCGGCCGCCCCCACGACCAGCCCCACGGACCUUAGUUGACGCGGCCCACACACAAGACCGCCCCUCAAGCCCACACCGCGACCGUUACGCGAAGCUGCCCAACCGACGCCGAAGCCCUCAACGCGCCGCCGACCGCCUUCAUCGCCGCCCGUCCCCCCGCCCCAAGACGCGGCACCGCCUCAAGGACGCGCAAGCAUCACACGCCCCCCACCAUGACAGCAAUCCCCAGUGCCCCACCGCCCACACCCACGCCACGCCGCCCAUACAGCCCAUCGAAACCAGCACAACGCCGGGAGACCGCACCCGCGAGACCACGGCCAAAAGCCGACGCCGAACGCAACAACACCCGACGGACGCAACCCGACCCGCCACGCCACCCCUGUUCCAGCCGAACGCAAUGACACCGCAACACCCGUUCCCCUCGCCGGCCCGCCCCCCCCGCCCCAAAAAAGACCCCCGCCGGCCCGACCCCGGGACGCCCACGCAAGCCGACCAGGAGACGUCGCGCCGCCCACCCGGCAAGUCCACGCCCUCAAGCCGCCGCCCCCCGCGCCCCGGACGAGGCGCCCGCGGCGCCGAUCCCGCGCCCCCCCCCUCAGCGCGACCGCCCCCGACGCCAGCCGCCCGGCGCGCGCCGCCGCACCACACAGCUGGGCGGAAACGCCCGCCCCGACGUGACGCCACAGCCGCCGGAUUUUACCGCCCCCCGCCGCCGCCACCCGAGCCGCCCCCCGCCCCGCCACGCCCGACCACCCCCAGGCGCCCCACCGCCCCCCCGCGGCUAGCCCAACCCGACGCAGCCCAAGCAAAGGAGACGGCCCGCCCCCCCCGCCUGGCCGACCGCCCAACACGCGGAGGCUCCCCCACCGAGCCACACCGCCCCCGGGCGAACAAGCCCCCCGCGGACCCGCUAGACCGAGAGGACGACACCCCCGUAGCCGACAGCACACCACGAGAACCGCAGGACCGAGACCCCACGACAAGACGGCCGCACGGCAUUUACCGCGCGAGCCGAAACGCGGCGCGACGCAGAUUUCUGCCACCCCCGACCGACAAAGCAAGAAGGGAUCGCAGCCGCCCGCACAGCCCAGAGCCAACCCCCCCAGGUGACGCCAACAAGACCACGACCCGCAAACGCCGCCCGUCACCGCCCACCCGAAGCACCCCAAAGCACGCCAUCCAGAGACAAACGACAGGCCCGAAAGCCGCGAACACGCUCCAAAUGCCACACGCCAACCACGCCGCCACCGCAUCGCGCCGCCGUAGCCAAAACCAGCCGACGCACAACAAAAGAGGCCCACCACGUCAACCAGUCGGCACUCGCGACAGAGUGCCGCCACGCCCCCCAGCCCCGCCCGCAACACGACCCCCGAGGCAAACCGCCCCGCACCGAGAACGCCUCCCGGCCAAGGCGCCGCCCCCCGAGGCCCGCCCGCCUCGCCAACAGACCAACGCCCCCACUCCGGCCCACACGCCCACCGAGCCCCCCCGCCACCCCAGCCCCCCGCCCCAUUCCGACGACCCAGCCUACGCCCAGACCGACGCGGAUACCCGCCCCACACCGCCCGUCCCGCCACCCGUACGCCGCCCACCACCGCCCGCGCCGCCCCACACCGGCCGAACCGCCCCGCCACGCGGACCGCCCCCGAGCGCCCGCCCCACCGCCACCAUGAUCCCAGGGAAUCCGGCCCCCCACCCUAAACACCCACCCAAACAGACCCCGCGUCUCCCAGCCGCCCGCACCCGCCCCCCCGCCUAA